UAUAUAUAUUCAAACUAAAAUGUAAACGUAAUCGUAAUGUUAUCAAAAUAAAGCUAACGCACAAUAAUGGCGGCGGUUGAUGACGAGUAUUUACAUAAAGUAUCGUCAAAUUUAAUAAAUAAUAAUUAUCAACAAAAUAUUAAAUGGAUUCCAUUGUCAUUAACGCACGUCGAGUAUCCUCAAGGAGAUUCAUUAGGACAUUUAUUAUCAUUGAUAAGUUUAAUGCCAUUUGCAAUAAUAAUAGGAUUUUUAACACUUAUUUUAUUCCGACGUGAUUUACACACGAUAUGUUUUUUUAUUGGAGUUGUGGUAACAGAUAUAAUUGGAUUAUCAUUGAAAUACACAAUCAGAGAAGCUAGACCAAUGAGACGUGAUGUUAUAUAUGUUGAAUAUGGAAUGCCGUCGUCUCAUUCAUUGCUGAUGUGGUUUUUCGCGACUUACACUGCAUUAUUUGUAUGCUUAAGAAUGCAUCAAAAUAACAACAGUACAGUUGUAGAAAAAUUAUGGAGAUGGGCAAUCAUCGGUGGCUGUACAACAGUUGCCAUUUUAGUAUCAUAUAGUCGUAUUUAUUUGCAAUAUCAUACAAUAUCACAAGUAUUAUGUGGUUUUAUUGUGGGAGUCAUUAUGGGAAUUACGUGGUUUUUUAUAACUCAUCUAGUCCUAGCGCCAUUUUUUCCAAUUAUUGUGUCGUGGCGAUUGUCUGAAUAUUUAUUAAUACGUGAUACAACUCUAAUACCAAAUGUACUGUGGUUCGAAUAUACGAAUAUAAGAACAGAGGCUAGAGCACGCUCAAGAAAAUUAGUUUCAAUGAAAUCGCAAUGACGACUGAUGGUUGCCCAGUGGGCGGAAAAUAAAUAAAAAAAAAACUAUUUGUUAAAAGUUUAAAAUUUUUUUAUUUUUUAAAUUUUUCUCUUCACUUUAAAUGUUUAUUUUUUUAAAAGAUUUUUUUAAAAAAUCUAUCCUUCAAUUUAUUUAAAUUGAAUUUUAAAUAUUUUACUACGAUUUGUUUUAAAAUCUCGCUAAUUAUUUUUUUAAUCAUCCGCAAUAAUUUGUUUUAUUUUUAAUAAAAAAAAAAGCGCGGGAAAGUCCAAUAGAUUUUUUUUUUUGACAGCCUUUCUGUGACUACCGGCUUUAUUAGGGCACAUGAUUUUCAAGUAAUUUUAUUUUUACUUCCUUUAAAUUAUUUCGUGCGGUUUAAAAAAAAUUGUUGAAAGAUAAUUUUUUACUACAAGUUUAAAAAAAAAAAUUUGAUGUUUAAAAAAACUCACCACUGCCAGAAUUAUUCUGAUACAUUAAAAAAAAAAAAUUUUGUAAUAAAAUUGAACGGUUUAAAAAAAAUUUGGGACUAAGUCGCAGAUACGUCAAAUUGCUCAAAAAAAAUAAUGAAAAUAAAUCAUGUAAAAAAAUUUUUGAAAAUAUUUUUCGCUCUUUAAGUGAAAUUUAAAAAAAUUUUUAAUAAAAAAUGAAAAGUAUAAAAAAAAAAUAAAAUACUUGAAAAUUCGAUAACCCAAUUACUUAUUAAAUAUCUAUCAGAAUUGAAUGAUAAAAAUUUUUUUCACCCUAAAAUAUAGAAAAAAAAAAAAAAAAAAAAAAUUAUCUCAAUAUUUUGAAAUAUUUAGUAAUUUCAAAAAUUUGAAAUCAAUUUUUACUUAAAAAUAAGUAAAAAUUUCUAUUAAUUAAAAAAAAAAGUCUUAUAUAUCGAGACCAUUCUCUGACGCCCCCUCCCCCCCCCCAGUUUUUGGAAAUAUUCAAUAACUGAAUUGUAAUGACCGUUUUAAAAUUUUGAGAAUUAAUUAAAAAAAAGUUAAAGCACUAAUGGAAAAAAAGAUGCGCAGUUACAAUUUCACCGAGAUAGAUUUUUAAAAAAAUAAUUUACAGUUGACAUCAAUUAAGAGUUAAACGAAAUAUGGAAAAUAAAUUUAAGUAAAAUCAUAUCAAUUUUAUAAUUCGAAUUUUCAAAUUUUUUAAGCUGAAAUUUAUUCAAAAAAUUUCGUUACACUCCUAAUUGCUAACAACUGUAAGUAAUUUUUUUAAAAAUCUAUAUCUCGGCGAAAUUGUAACUGCGUUGUCUUUUUUUCAAUUAAUGCUUUAAUUUUCGAGAAAUUAAUAAAUAAAAUGUUAAUACUGUUGACAGUUCGAAGUCUCUGAAUAUUUGUAAAAAGUGGGGGUACUGUCUGGAAUGCCCUUAAUUAUUAUUGUACACUUUGUACUUUACAAAAAAAAUCAAUUAUUAAAUAAUAGAAUCAUCGGUUAACUGAAAUUCAAUAUAUUUAUUAAUUUACUGUCAAUUACCUCAGAGUAACUUUGACUAAUUUUGUUGCAUUUUCAAAAAAUUUAAAUUGAUCAUUUUUUAAUUUUUUAAAAAUGGCGCCAAUUUUUAAUUUUUUAAGAAUUAGUCGGACACAAAAUAUUGAGAUAGAUUUUUUUUUCUUUCACUCCACCCUAAUUUAUAUAUAUGUAUAUAUAUAUAUAUAUACAGGGUGGUCGUUAAAAAUUAAAUUUGAUCAGACGCCCCAUAAAAAGCUUCUUUUUGGUGAAAAAAUACGUGGGGAAUUUGGUUGUUUCUUUUUAAAUAAAAAGAACACGAGCCUUAGGACGAUCAAAGUUCACUUUUCGAUGCAAUCGCGGUUUUUUUUAAAUAUCUCAUGAAAUAUGCAAAUUAGAGGAAAAAAUCACAGGACCAAUUUUGUAGGAAAUUGAAUUCUCAACAAAAAAGGUCAUAUUCAUUUUUUUAAUAAAAUGCGUAUUUAUGAAGAUAUUUUAAAAAAACUUUUUUUAGAUCUGAUGAAUUGAGCGUUUUAAGGAUUACAAAUUUUGAAAAUAACAUUUUUCUUAUAGAAACUACAACAAGCAUUAAUAAUUGAUAUGUUACGAGUCACGAAGUUGUCUAUAUUUAAGUAAAAACGUUAUUUUUGAGAUUCGUAAUCCUCUAAAUGCUCAAUUGAUAAGAUCUAAAAAAGUUUUUUUAAAAUAUCUUCAUAAAUACACAUUUUAUAAAAAAAAUAAACAUGACCUUUUUUGUCAAGAAUUUAAUUUCCUACAAAAUUGUUCCUCUGAUUUUUUCCUUUAAUCUGCAUAUUUCAUGAGAUAUUUAAAAAAAACCGCGAUUGUAUCGAAAAAUGAACUUUGAUCGUCCUGAGGCUCGUGUUCUUUUUACUUAAAUAGAAAAAACCAAAUUACCCACGUGUUUUUUCACUAAAAAAAAGAUUUUUAUGGGGCGUCUGAGAAAAUUUAAUUUUUAACGACCACCCUAAAAUGUAUAUAUAUAUAUUUUUUUUUUGUUAAUUAAAAUUAUAAUUAAAAAAAAUUAAUUAAAGCAACUAUUACUUAAUUAUUUAUAAAAUAUUAAAAAUAAAUUAAUUAUCUUUUUAAAUAAUUAAUAUUUAUUAAGUUUAAAAACGUAAAUGAAUUUUUAAAAAGUUUUUUUAUUUUUUUAAUCUAUUUAAUACAUAGCUAAUGAUAA